AUGAUCGGAGGUGUGCACCACGAAGACGACCUUUUGGCUGAUCCGGGUGACUUCAGGGUUAACGUCGGUUUCCUGAAGGUGGCAGGCCAAUCAGCUGUCCUGAACGUAGCGUCACCAUUCCUGGAGGAUCCCUCGGACCACUACGGGGAGAACGGGAGGUGGGCUGGGUUCUGGCCCCCGAGCCUUAUGUUUGGCUUGUCUGAGGGCUGCAGUUCACACUCCGCGCCAGCCGGUGGCGGUAACGCACCGUGUCGUUGUUUUCCAUCCGCCAAUAAAUUUCGAGCAGCCGGGGUGGUGGGCGCUGAUUGGUCGGCGGACCGGACUCGAGGCUUCUUAUCAGAUCAGUCUUCAAUAAUCAGUCAUGAUCCGAGCUCCACGUGCGCCUGGGACGGGGACCGGGACCCGACGGGACGCUCCACGCGGACGUGUCCGCGGGGCGACCAGGUGGCUCUGCUCUCUGAUUGGAUCCUGAGCUGUGAUGUCAUCGGUGGCGCCUCAGCCACAAAGUUUCCUGACGGCGUCCUGUGUGAGCGCGGUGUCGGGAUGGUCUGUGGCUGUGCCGCAGUAAAGAGGAGGAGUUCUGACCACGCCUCUCUGCGGUCUGUGAGCUCUGAUCCAGACUCUCCCAGCUGUGUCGUUCUGGCCAGUUUGGGACAAUUUGUUUUUAAUUUGCUCUCCAACCUUUUCAUCGAGUUUGCAGCCGACACAGCUGUGGUAGGUCACAUCAGCAACGAUGAGGCCUACUACAGGACUGAAGUUAAACAUCUGGCCAAGUGGUUCAGCAACAACAACCUGUCCCUGAAUGUGGAGAAGACUAAGGAGAUCAUCACAGACUGCAGGAGAACUCACACUCUGCACACCCCACUAACCAUCAAUGGUGUUGCUGUGGAGGGCAUACAAAACUCUGAACCUCCACCAUCGCCCUUUCACUGGCGGGGAGCAGAUCGAUCAAACCUUCGGCCGGUGGAUCCGGUUGUCGUGGAAGUCUCUGACCCAGCUCCCGGCAAAUAA